UCCCUGACAGGAGGAAGAAGGCUUGUGACUGGCAGCGGGACCCAACCUUGAAAAGCCGGCUGUUUUUUGCUGCUUCCUGUAGGAAUACUGGGAUCUCACUUAUGGCUUCCAAAGGGAAAAACCUCUGCCAUGUGUGCUGCCUGCUUCUUUAUGUUAUCACGACAGUGCUUGCGGGGCGAGAUUUCUAUAAGAUCUUGGGAGUGAGCAAGAGUGCAUCAGUCAGGGACAUCAAGAAGGCCUACAGAAAGCUGGCUCUCCAGUUACACCCCGACAGAAACCAGGACGACCCAAAGGCUCAAGACAAGUUUGCAGACCUGGGUGCAGCAUAUGAGGUGCUGUCAGAUGAAGAGAAGAGGAAACAGUAUGACGCCUACGGAGAAGAUGGACUCAAAGAGGGUCACCACAGCUCACACAACGAUAUCUUCUCCAGCUUCUUUGGUGACUUUGGGUUCAUGUUUGGAGGCAACCGACAGCAACAGGACAGGAACAUCCCCAGAGGAAAUGACAUAGUACUAGACCUGGAGGUCACACUUGAAGAGGUGUACUCUGGGAACUUUGUGGAGGUUGUGCGUAACAAGCCUGUCGCCAAAGAAGCCCCUGGCAAGAGGAAGUGCAACUGCAGACAGGAGAUGAGGACGACGCAGCUCGGACCUGGACGCUUCCAGAUGACCCAGGAGACGGUGUGCGAUGAGUGUCCCAACGUAAAGCUGGUAAAUGAAGAGAGAACCUUGGAGGUAGAGAUUGAACAGGGAGUGAGAGAUGAAAUGGAGUACCCGUUCAUCGGAGAAGGGGAACCUCACAUCGACGGCGAGCCUGGAGAUCUACGUUUCCGCAUUAAAGUGUUGAAACAUCCUGUGUUUGAGCGCAGAGGAGACGACCUGUACACAAACGUCACCAUCUCCCUGGUGGAGGCACUGGUCGGCUUUGAGAUGGACAUUGUACAUUUGGACGGACACAAGGUCCACAUAGUGAGAGACAAGAUCACUAAACCCGGCGCUCGGAUGUGGAAGAAAGGAGAAGGCCUGCCGAACUUUGACAAUAUCAACAUCCGAGGUUCCCUCAUCAUCACCUUCGACGUGGAGUUUCCUCAGACGCAGCUCGAUGAACAGCAGAAAGAUGGUAUUCGGAGUCUUCUGAAGCAGGGCUCUGUACAGAAGGUUUACAAUGGACUACAAGGAUACUAACACACCAUCAGACACAGCCUGGACUGAGUUAUCUGCCACACAAACAAACAAACAAACAAACACACACACUCGCACUCACAUGUUCAAUCAGCAGGAACGUGCUCCGUAAUUCUGGCCAGGGUGUAUUUAUUAUUUUCAGAUUGUUCUCAGGAUGGCUUGAACCCAAUUUAGUUUUUACUUUUUAAUGUUCUACAUCUUUUCAGCAGUUGCACAAUUGCAGAUGUUUUAUUUGAAGUGUAUAAAUGGAAACGAUGCCAUGUCUUUGUUGUACUCUCUUUUUGUCCCUACAUUACAUUGGAAUAAGGCCUUUUGUUUAUUUUAAAAAAUCAGAUUCCCCCGUUUCAAUCUGAGUGAAGUGUUAAGAUCAAACAAACACUGUUUACUAAAGAGUCGACCACUGCACCUCUGUGGAGGCCAGAGUCUGACACUCACUCACCCACUACAUCUGCUGAAGGACGAGCUACUGUCAAACUGGACACCUGGAGAAGAAGAAAGUCCACGACCAACUUCUGAACAACUUUAAACCUGUGCAAGACCAGAGGUUUCUCCAGUUGGUCCUUUAUUGUUUUAUGAAUGUCCCAGCUUCACCUGUUGAGUGAUGAAACGGUUUUCGUUCUGGUCAGAUUCCUGCUCAAUAUUACUUUGUAAAUAGGGAAGAACAAAGCUCACCUGUUCUGUUGUGUUUUAGUUUUCCUAAUUUAUGUUGGCUCUUUGCGAUGGGAGAGCUGUCCACAUUGCACAACUCCCAGGUUCACUGUGACAAGAGUUGACCUCUUAACUUAAACAGUGACAUUUGGUUUUGGGUUUUUUUUUGGGGGGGGGGGGGGGAGUGGUGGUUUGCACCUCCUCCAGCACCACUAGGCGCUCUGGCUGUCUGGGCCAAACACCUCUAACUGGAAGGGACUCCACACCAUGAUGUCUCAGCAUCCCUGCUGGGUAUCGCUGGCUGGUUGGGUUUAUAAUGUGGUUUCAGGAUUUCCCUCCUCUCUGUUUUUACUAUCGACUGCAACGCUGUCUCCCAAUUUUACGAGAGUGUCAUGGCCUUAAAUGUGAAUUAUUUGGCCAUUUUUACUGAGUGCUGUAGGGGAUAAUUGUACUUUUGACUGACAAAAACAAAUAAAGAUUUCUACAAAUUC